UUGAAAUGUUAUACCUGAAAAAAAAAACCAAAAAUAUUAGUAGACAGGGGAACACAUUAUACGUACAAAACUUAACACACAAUGGAAAACAACAAAACGCGAUAUGAAUCGUUGAUAACAGCAGUGCAACCGGGCGAAGACCUCAGCAAUGCCAAUAAAUUUUCAUAUAAGUCGGACAACUCGGAGGUGGUAUAUCGGCAAUAUGGUCAGCUGAAGCCUGUGACUCAGCAUGAUUGCCGAGGGGUGGUCGGUGCGAUUGUCAACGAGAUUUUCGACCGCAAAGUUGGCAUUGCCAGUAUUUCAAAGAAGCAACGUUGCGUUAGUGAAGAAUUUAAGGACUCGGAAGAUAUGGAUAAGCGUCUGAAGCAAUGGCAGGAUACGUUGAGGGAUCGUGUCAAAAUGCAGAACAAAAUAACCCGUAAGACGGGCCGCCGACCGGAAGAAAUGCUCUUCAAUUUGCCCGCCACCGUAGAGCAGCGCGAUAAGGGCACCGUUCAACGUCUGAUGGAUUAUGCUUCACGUCUGAAUCCCGUCAAGCUACAACAAAAGGUAGCCGGCGUGCUGCCCGAGCUGCAUAACGAGUGUAUCUGUAUGCAGGAAAUUCAAGAGACCUUACCACAAGCGGAGCAAGACAAAAGAACUGCUGUUGAAAUCUCGGGUCUCACCCAAGCAACUAGGCAGGAAAUCCUCUGUUCAAAAAACGAGUUAAUAUCACAAAAAUCAAGGGAGGCCACUAAGUGGCUAAAUUCGAAAGUGCUGAAUGAGCGUAUUGAAAAUGAGGCCGUGGAUAUUGGCCGAGUUUUGGAGUUCUAUCCGGAUGUUGACAACCUUCAGAUUAUCGGAGCUAAUCCACUUAAUCCGCCCAGCAAUGAGCACAACGAGGAAAUCACUCUAAUGGUAAAGAAGUCAAUGCAUUCCAUUAGCAGCACUACCAUUAGAUCGAGCUAUCAGGAGCAGAAGCUGGAAUCGGUGAAGAAUGAGAAAGUGCAACAGCUUGCGGUCAAAAUGGAGCCAUUUAAUGUUGGCUUAAAAAUCAACAACCAGACUUGUAUUGCGGACAUCUACAGCUGCUGCAGCAAUAUCGAUCUGCAGUGCAAUUUGGAAUGCGCACCCUACGAAAUACAGGUGAAGCAAGUGCUGCGACUGGAAAACAUUGGCAGAAAGAUUAUCGUCUGUGAAUGGCAAGUGCUGGAAUGUGCCAAAUGUCACGAUGAAUUCCUAUUUGACAAUAGAAAAAUAAAGCUAUUUCCUGGAGACGUGCACAUUACCCGUGCACUUUUCCAACCACGCGAGAUAUGUGUGCGUAGACAGCACUUGGAACUGCGAAUCUUUCCCAACAUAUUUGGCACAUGUCGCAAUUCGCUGCUGCUGACGCUUCAUGGCAAGUGCGUAUCGCAUCCAGAGUAUUUAAACAAGCUCAAUAAGAAUUUGCAAAUAAUUGUGAAUAAAUCAAAUGAGCAGGCCACAAAAUAUCUAGCGGCACACCAUGCGGAGUUGGCCCCACUGAUACAGCCACAUGAGCGUCUGUGUCCCUAUGAGCGGGUCUUUGAUGAGCGAGAGUUGUUCAAUGCUAAGAAUCCUGGCUACCAUUGCGAUCGCUUUGAUGAUUUGGAGACCUUGAAGAUAUUGUAUAAUAUUUUGAAGACGCCACGCGAACCGGAAUGGGAUUUGCGGUUGGCGACCAUUAAAGAACUGAUUAUGCGUUUAAGUGAUAUGGAGAAACGCGAGAUUUUCUUCAGGAUGUACAUCGAUGUGCAGGAGCCGCUUUGCUACAAAUAUACUGCCGGCAUUGUCCACUUUGAGCACAAUUACGAGCGUGAUCGGUCUCGUUUCAUCUACGUGCGAGGCUGCAUAGGCAACGGCAUCGAGGAGUGGGAGAACUUAAUGCUAUCAUUGGAGCAGAAUUGCCUAAAGUCAGAGCUGACUCGCUUCUAUGCACGACUCGCCGAGGAAGCGAAAAAAACAGGGGAUUACUCCUCGGAGAACGAAGAUACCAAGCCCUGGUUGCAGCAACUAAAAUAUGAUCAGCCAGAAUUGUAUGUGCUGAGAAAGUUACGAGCCAAAAAGCACUACAGAGACUCUCUCUAUAUGCGCACCUAUACCCAACUCUGCGACAUAGCUGAGAACAUUGUAUCCGUUAUAGAGAGCACAGAGCACAUUUAAACAAAAAUAGUUUAUUUUAGAUUCUGUACUAAAGUGCAUUAAGAGUGCCUGAGAGUCAACUUGGUAAAACUGUUUUCAAUUGCAAAAAUUUGUAGCAUACGCUCGAGUGUUUACUAUAUCAAUACUAUAUAUGCAAUAGUUUUUUAAUGUGCAGUCGAUAGCCAAGUAUUAGUUUAUCAAAUAUAUGCAUACUUUUCGGUGUUAGCUGACCAAAUUUGUAGUUUAUAAAAUAAACUAUUUAAGGCGCACACUGGCAAAGCUGACAAUUUAUAUUAUUUUUUUUUAACGGGGAACGAAAAAUUGUUUAGCUAAUUUCUAUUCUAAGUUGCAACAUUGAAAUUGUGUAUGUAAAUAUCAUCUAAAAUAUACACACAAACACUUAAAUAAUUCGAUUGUUUAUUGGUAUCUAUAACUUUAUCAAUACUAGGUUUGAAUUUCAAAAUCAAUAUAUAUUUUCGACCAUUUCGACUCUAUAAUAAAACUUACGUUUUUUUUAAA